AUGUCUCUCCCACAAAACACCGGCGUAUCCAACGCCGCAGUGCCGCCUCAGUCCUCAAGGUUCGAUCCCACCUUUACACAGCACUGCCUCGACACUAUGGGCCCAAACACCACACCUCGCAAUCGACAAGUCCUGGGCGCGCUCAUACGCCACAUCCACGACUUCUCUCGUGAGGUCGAACUGACCAUUGACGAGUGGAUGGCCGGCGUCAAGUUCGUCAACGAGCUAGGCCGUAUCUACGCCGAAUCGAAUAAGACUCGAAAUGAAACCCACCGUAUAUGCGACAUCCUUGGUCUUGAAUCGGUCGUGGAUGAAAUCGCCCACAAGAUUGUAUCCGACACAGGCACCGACCCCACAUCGUCCGCCAUUCUCGGACCCUUCUGGUCACCCAAUGCCCCGUUCCGUGAGAACGGAGGUUCUAUCAUCCAGAACCCGAACCCCACUGGUCGCGUGUGUCUCAUGCAUGGCGUUAUCAGCGACCUGGUCACCGGCAAGCCCAUCCCCAACGCUGUUUUUGACAUCUGGCAGGCCUCGUCCAAUGGCAAGUACGACUUCCAGGACCCCGAGAACCAAUCCCCCAACAACCUUCGCGGCAAAUUCCGCGCCGACGAGAACGGCAAAUACUGGUUCUACUGUUACCACCCUACGGCGUACUCGCUACCCCAGGAUGGACCCUCGUGGCAACUUCUACAGAUGAUGGAUCGCCACCCUAUGCGUCCCGCCCACAUUCAUAUCAUGGUCACUCAUGCCGACUACAAGGGCUGCACAACACAGCUGUACCCUAAGGAUGACCCUUGGCUGGAGACUGACACCGUUUUUGCCGUCAAAGACGACCUGAUUGUCGACUUUAAACCCCUCCAGGGUGACAACAAGGCUGAGCUGGAGCUCGAGUACAACGUCAUCCUGGCCCCCAAGGACUACAAGGGUAAGGUGUUCUAA